AUGGUGGCACUAAGUCCAGCACAGGAUUGGCUCAAGCGCAAGUUUCCUCGCCUGUGGCCGCAGGAAGGGAACGAAGCCAAUCCAUCCACUGAAACCGAGUUGGCCUCGAUGAACGAGACUAUUUCUGAGGUUCAGAAGUUGCUGACGGAUCUUAAGAGCCGGGAAACUAGCUUGAAGGAGAAGGAGGAUGCAUUUCUGAAAGCCACGGAAGAGGCCAGACGCCGGGAGAAAGGAGCUGCAGACCGGGAGGAAGCUGCCAGUCGGCGAGAGGCAGAAGUCGCGCGCCGGGAGCAAAGUGUCAAUCACGGCGAACCCUUUGGACAACAUUUAGAUAUCGUUGAUACUCGGUUUCGGUGA